CAUGGGAGCUGAAACUACUAAAAUUAGGGUUCCGAUCCGGACGUCAACGCGCCGCCGCUUCGUCGUUUCGUCUUCCCCGAUUCGCUCGGAACAACGGGGAGAGGAGCCGUCGCCGCCUCUCCUCUCCUCUCCUCUCGUAUCCUCUUCCUUCAAGAAUGGCAGAUGAUUUACGCCCGCCAUCCAUCGUGCAAAAGAUAUAUGGGCAAUCAAUCUUAUUCGGUGGGCAGCGUCCUUAUUUGCAAGCGAGGAAUACCAGCAUCCACAACUUUCUAGGGACUUAUGACUUCAGGGGCGCACCCUCGAAAUCAUAUCACAGCUUUCAUGGGCCCAUUGGUCUUUCAUCUCUCGCACCCAUCACCCCAGUCUUUGCUUGUGCUCCCAAGGAGAAGGGUUCUACUGGAUUUCUUAUCGAUUUUCUCAUGGGAGGAGUUUCUGCUGCCAUCUCUAAAACAGCAGCUGCUCCGAUUGAGCGUGUCAAACUCCUGAUUCAGAACCAAGAUGAGAUGAUUAGAGCUGGUCGUCUUUCGGAACCAUAUAAGGGAAUUAGAGACUGUUUUUCACGAACAAUUAAGGAUGAAGGCUUCCUCGCAUUGUGGCGAGGAAACACCGCAAAUGUUAUUCGUUAUUUUCCUACCCAGGCCCUGAACUUUGCUUUUAAGGAUUACUUCAAACGAAUGUUCAAUUUCAAAAAGGAUAAAGAUGGAUAUUGGAAAUGGUUUGCUGGUAAUUUGGCUUCUGGAGGUGCAGCUGGGGCAUCUUCUCUGCUCUUUGUAUACUCUCUGGAUUAUGCCAGGACCCGGUUAGCUAAUGAUGCUAAGGCUGCCAAGAAGGGAGGUGAAAGGCAGUUCAAUGGCCUUGUUGAUGUUUACAGAAAAACCAUACAAUCUGAUGGUGUUGCGGGUCUCUAUCGAGGCUUCAACAUUUCAUGUGUCGGUAUCAUUGUUUAUCGAGGGCUCUACUUUGGAUUGUAUGAUUCUCUGAAGCCAGUGAUGCUGGUUGGCUCCUUGCAGGAUAAUUUCUUUGCAAGUUUCUUGCUUGGUUGGGGAAUUACAAUUGGUGCUAGUCUUGCUUCCUACCCAUUAGACACUGUCCGUCGGAGGAUGAUGAUGACCUCAGGAGAAGCCGUCAAGUACCGGAACUCUAUGGAUGCCUUCUCGCAGAUCGUAAAGAAUGAGGGUGCAAAAUCCCUCUUCAAGGGUGCCGGUGCAAAUAUCCUACGUGCCGUCGCUGGCGCGGGUGUUCUGGCUGGUUAUGACAAGCUCCAGGUGAUCGUCUUGGGAAAGAAGUAUGGGUCUGGUGGUGGUGGCUAAGUUUAUCCAACUUUGCCUUACGAAAGGCAAAAUGGACGAUGACGAUAAUGAUGAACAAGAAUUGGAAGCCUUAUAUUUGCUCUACUAUUGUGAUUUUAGAAUAAUAGAAGACAAUCAACUUUAGGCAUCCUUUCUGAGGGGGUCAUGUUGUAGUUCAUGUAAUGUUAUGAUUGUGCUAUUGCUAGGUGUGUGUGUGGGGCUGUAUUUUAAUUAUGUAGUGAAUUAUCGCGGACAUGAUUGAUUAUGUUCUUCGUUGAGGUUAUGUAGUAUAUUCUUUUUCUCAUUGCCAUC